UCGUGGCGCACCAGAUCAGAAACCUCAAUUGCAAGGGAACAGAAGAUGUCGUUCUUUUUCUACAUCUAUCUCAAGUUUGCAGCCGUUGUUAUAAGGAGCCUGGCGAGAUUACAAGGGAAAAUCACUUCUAACCCCGAUGCCGUCCGCUACAUUCUAUCGAGAGAUCACCAACGAACCAUCAAAGCCCAUUUUUAUCGAUCACCGCUGCACAAGGAGAAUGCCCCCGGGCCCGUGUUGAUCAAUUUCCAUGGAAGCGGUUUUGUCAUCCCAGCUCACGGCAGUGACGAUGCCUUCUGUCGCCAAAUCAGCCAGCGGACGAAUUAUUCAGUCUUAGACAUUCAAUACCGACUAGGACCGGAGGACCCCUUCCCGGCUGCUGUCCACGAUGUUGAAGACGUUGUUAAGUGGGUAUUGAAACAGUCUGAGGAAUUCGACCCCUCCCGCGUCUCUAUAUCAGGUUUCAGUGCGGGUGGCAACCUCGCUCUUGUUGCGUGCUCCAGCUUGUUUCCUCCAGCGACUUUCCAAUCCGUUCUCGCUUUCUAUCCAAGUGUUGAGGCGUUUGUCGACCCCAAUACUCUGGCUGCACCUGAAUCUGGUGGAACUCCUCUGCCGGCAUGGCUACUCCGGCUCUUCAAGCAGUGCUAUGUCCCGUCGAAUAUUGACACCAAAGAUCCCCGCAUUUCCCCUUACUUUGCGGACCCAAGUCGCUUUUCUCGCAAUGUUCUGAUUAUCGCCGCUGGUUAUGACUCCCUGGCCCUCGAAGCGGAGAGACUAGCCGCGAAGCUUGGAGAGGACGCUGAUCGACAUGUUGUCUACGAACGGAUGGACAAAUGUGAUCACGCCUGGGAUAAGAUCGUCAGAGAGGGUACUCGUGAAUGGGAACUUAAGUCGAGGGCUUAUGAACUCGCUAUUGAAAUGCUACAAAUGUGAU